AUGACCGACCUGCUGGAAUCAUUGAACCAGCUUCCACCCGACUUCUUUGUGCGCAAGGAAGCCUUCACCAAGACGGUACAUCGGGACCAAUACGACGCCACCGACCCCAGCUCCUCAGCACUCUCCCAGGCUGGCAAGGUCAUUCUCAUCACGGGCGCAAGUCAAGGCAUUGGGAAAGAGGGUCUGGCAAAGCAGUUUGCCCGCGCAGGACCCAGGGCCAUCGUCCUCGCGGCAAGAAACCGCCCCAAGCUGGCCGUCGCCGCCGACGAGAUCCGAAGUCUCGCUCCCGCCGUGAAGGUGGUGUCGGUGCCGACCGAUGUCACUGACGAAGCCUCGGUCCGCGCCCUCUUCGAUACCGUCCAUGCCGAACUGGGCCACGUCGACGUGCUGGUCAACAACGCCGGAGUCAGUCUGGGACAUACCACGCUGGAGCAGAUGGACCUGGAUGAAUGGUGGCGGAAUUUUGACGUCAACGUGAAAGGCACACUGCUGACCAUCAAAUACUUCCUUCGUCUGCUGGCGGGCAACCCCGGCACAAUCGUCAACAUCUCCUCUUCAGCGGCAUGGAACGAGGAUCAUCUGAGCGCCGGCUACUGUAUCUCCAAACUCGCUGUGGUCCAGCUAUGCAAGCAGAUGGUGGAAAUCCCAAACUUGGUCACGGUUGCCCUCCAUCCAGGCAUGGUCAUGACGGACAUUGUGCCCGAGUUCAUGUCCAGAUUUGCCCGGGACACGCCUGAGCUCGUCGGCGGCACUGCCGUCUGGUUGGCAACCGACCGCGCCCGGUUCAUGGACGGCAGGUACAUGAGUGCCAACUGGUGCGUCGAGGAGUUGAUGGCGAGGGAGAAGGAGAUCGUCGCGGGUAAUUUGUGUAAGGUAGACAUGAGUCAUUAG